UGCUGCUUCCCACCGCCGACAGCUGGGACCUCAGCCACAAAGGCAGCGAUGCCGUGUUCCCACUGAGGGCUCUGCAGGUGCCCGGACAAUCUGCUCCCCCGCCGGCACCUUGGCAGCUGUCUCGGUGCCCAGGACCUGGCUGGCGCUUUCCCUGUCUCCACCGACCCCUCCCCGGUGACGGCGCUUCUGGGCUCCGACGUGCUCCUGACAUGCAGCUUCCCCAUGGCGCCGCACGGUGGGGUGAGGGACCAGACGCUGCUGGUCAGCUGGUACUUCCAGGACGAGAGAGUGGCGGAGUUGGACGGCAUCUCCAUCAGCAUCCGGGUGGGCACCAUCCUGUUCUCCCAGCAGCAGGGACACACCCAGGCCCCACUGCUCCUGCCCGGCGUCACGCUGGCCGACCAGGGCCGCUACCGCUGCUCCGUGCGCUACGCUGGGCAGCACGGGGAGGGGAAGGUCCAGGUGCAAGUUGCAGCGCUGCCGCGGGUCGAGGUGCCCAGCCCCGUGGUGCAGAGGGAGGAGGACAGUGUCCUGGUGUGCUGCGUGCGGGGGUUUUAUCCCCAGCACAUCGCAGUGUCCUGGCUCCGGGACGGGCGGGAGCUAAACGCCUCCUUCAUCUCUGCCGCGCGCCGGGGGCACCGGGACGAGACCUUCAGCCUGGUGACCGUCUACAGAUUCACCCCCACGGAGCAGGAUCUGGGGGCGCUCUUAUCCUGCCGGGCAUGGCACCCCCUGCUGAACCAGUCCCGCCAGGCUGACUUCCGGAUCGCCUUCAGGGAUGGUGGAGCAAAUGAUGGAGCAGGCGACGGAGCAGAUCUGGGACCCCCUGUGUCAGAAGUUCCAGUGGGCUCGGGAGGCGAUCUCCUCGCGGAGCAGAUAGGAGGAUCCCACUGCUGCCUGCAGCACCAUGACUCUCCAUCCCGCAGCGCUGUCUGUGCCUCCAGCACCCCCCUCGGCCUGUGGGCAUCCCGUGCUCCGGCCUCCCAGCAGCCACUUCCUGCCCUUACUGCUCCGGGGAGUGACUGAGCUGCUGGCCGCAGCAGGAGCUCUCUGCACAGACACAGCCUGUGUCCUCUCUGCUACCGUCAUAGGCUCCUGUGUGGUCGCCCCCAUGUCCCCGGCCCCUCGCUGUGUCCGGUGUGUGGGCGGGGUGUGGUUUUCUCUCUGAUCAGUGCUGAGGCCAGCAGGGAAGCUGUCUCUCUGCACGCCCUGUGCAGCUGUUGUUACUGGGCUGUGACCCCUCCCUGAUCCCCGCGGACCCUUCUGCUGGGAACCAGCGCUCGGGCCAGGUGUCGCCUGGGGCCAGCUGGGUCCUGCUCCUCCCUGCCUGGCACACACAGGUUAGCCUUUGCCCCCUGACCCGAGUGCAGGUGAUCUGCUGAAUGAUCAUUUAUAUCUGAGAACGAGUUCAGCUGCUUGUUAAAUUCGCGCAAAUAAAACUAAGAGUGCUCUGCAGGUAGGAGGAAGUGAAGGGACGGCAAGAUCCCUUUGCAAUGGGUUUCACAGGGACCUGCAGUCAGGUGUUGCUGGAGGAGGCCUGGUGUUAGCACAGGGCCACGUGAGCACUAACAAACCCUAGCUUGAGUGAGGAGCCUGGGGCCAGAAGAUUGAGCCACAGGGCUUGGGAUGGACUAGCAACCCGGGCACAGCUUUAUGCAGCCAGACCCCUCAUUUGCGCUCCAGAGACCCCUCCAGCUGUGCAAACGCUUACAAUUGUCCAAGCCCCAGGAAUGGCAAACGUGGGCACGUGGCCAAGACAUAAUCACACGUGGGGAACCAAACCCAGCUCUCAGGGGGAUCUCGGGCCGGCAGGGUGGUGGCGCCCUUAACGCUUAUCUCACCGGAAAAGGAACCCCUGGCUUGCGGACCUGUGAGUGUUCGUGGUGCAGAUCCUGCUUCAAUGCUUGUCUCUCUAGUUCUGUGACUUUGCUCGUACUGAUCACGGCGUUAAUAAAACUCAGACAGUCUCAGUGCGUCUCACACACUCAGCUUCACCAUCGCUCUCUGCGUAGCCAGCAGAGAACGAACCUGUCGUUAGUGACAAGUGUCUCUGGCAUUGCCUGUGCCCGGCCGGGCCCUGCUGAGCCCCACCCUGGCACGGUCCCUCGGGGCAGAGUCACAGGCCAGCAGGGCAAGGUCCAGGCAGCCCGGAGCACUCUGCAGUUCAUGCCAUUGGAGCAAAA